UGCUCCAUCCUAAACUGUCCUGCUCGAGGUUUCUGUGCUCUGCAGUCUGGGUUGUCGAGGGGAGCCCCUGGCCCGUCGGGGAAACGAAACCAAAAGUGGAUGUAAACAGACGCUCGUUUCCGCGGCAGAGCACUCGGUCUCACGAAGACGUCGACCGUUGAUGAGGAUGAGAAUGGCAGCAGGUAUCUCCAGAGUGAUCCACAGAGCGGUUGCUCUGGUUUCAGCGAUCUGCGUCGAUCUGUUGUUGUUUUACGCAUCGCGGUCGCUCGUGGCGCCGCGCGGCGUCUCCGCGCAUCUGCUCCGUCUCUGGGUGUGCGCGUCCGUCCGGUGCGUGGCACUGACCUCCGUGUCCCGCCUCGGCCUCGGAGACAUCACGCCGUUGCUGGUUCGUGUCAUCGCGGUGCACAGUCUGCUCCCCGCGGUGUUCGACACUGGCGCCACGGUCCUCCUGCGCGCCGAGAGCCAGUGUGGCCGGCGGGCGGACGCGCGCUGCUGCUGGCUGCUGAGCACCGGCGCGUCGCUGGCCGCUGCGCUGUUCUGGGAGACCACCCUCCCGGACAGCGACGAGGCGGCCGCCGGUAAAGAGAAGAAGCAGAAGGCCAGGGUGCUGUUCAUGAGGGUGCUCCGUCUGUACAGACCCGACUACCCGCUGCUGCUCGGAGGGGUUGUGUUCCUGUCGCUGGCUGUGAUCUGUGAGAUGUUCAUCCCGUUCUACACUGGGAGAGUCAUUGACAUCUUGGGAGGUCAGUACCAGCUGAAUGAAUUCAGAUCUGCUCUCCUCUUCAUGGGCCUGUUCUCCUUGGGAAGCUCAGUGAGUGCAGGCAUGAGAGGGGGUCUUUUGCUCUGUGCCAUCAGUGCCUUCACAUGCAGAGUGAAAGUCAAGCUGUUUGGGUCUUUGACCAAACAGGAAAUUGGAUUCUUCGAGUCCAUAAAGACAGGUGAAAUCACACACAGGUUGUCGAAAGACACCACCCUGAUGGGAAGAACCGUGUGCCUGAAUGUCAACGUGCUGCUGAGGACGUUCAUCAAGACGAUGGGCAUGAUCUCCCUGAUGAUGAAUCUUUCGUGGAAGCUCACCUUACUCGUGUUGAUGGAGACGCCCAUCACCGGCCUCAUUCAGAACAUCUACGACACACACUACCAGAGGCUGUCCCUGGCAAUGCAGGCCUCCAUGGCUUUGGCAAACGAAGCAGCGAGUGAGGUGGUGUCCAGUAUUCGCGUGGUGCGGAGCUUUAACGCAGAAAAACAUGAGGCCCGUCGCUAUGGUGACCGCUUGAAAGACAUUCAAGCUCUCAAGAGCCGGCAGGACACUGUCAGAGCCGUUUACCUGCUCACGCGGAGGAUGACAGGUUUGGGCAUGCAGGUCUUAAUGUUGUACUACGGCAGGCUGUUCAUCCGCAGCGGACAGAUGACCACUGGCAACCUGGUGUCCUUCAUCCUCUACCAGUCACACGUUGGAGACAACAUCAGGACGCUCGCCUACAUCGUCGGCGACAUGCUGAACUCGGUGGGGGCUGCUGGGAAAGUGUUCGAGUACAUAGACCGCAAACCUCAGGUGAGCCCUGACGGAAACCUCAAACCCGAACAUCUGACGGGGCGCGUCAGCUUCCGCUGCCUGAGCUUCGCCUACCCUGCAAACCCUAACAAACCAGUGCUGCAGGAUUUUUCUCUGGAGCUGAAGCCGGGUCGGAUGACGGCACUGGUGGGUCCGUCUGGAGAGGGGAAAAGCACCUGUGUGAGUCUGCUGGAGCGAUUCUACGAGCCCCAGGACGGAGAAAUCCUAUUGGACGGUGAACCACUAAAAUCCUAUGACCACCGUUUCCUCCACAAGAAGGUCGCAGUAGUGAACCAGGACCCUUUGCUCUUCUCUGGCUCCAUUCGGGACAACAUCACCUACGGGCUUGCCGACUGCUCAUUGGACGAGAUCCAGGAGGCGGCGCGCAAAGCCAACGCCCACGACUUCAUCAAGCUGAUGGUGAAAGGCUACGAUACAGAGGUGGGUGAGGGCGGCGGCCAGUUAUCCAAGAGCGAGAAGCAGCGGAUCGCCAUUGCUCGGGCUCUGGUCAGACAGCCACAGGUCCUCAUUCUGGACGAAAUCACCAGCUCUCUGGACAAUGACAGUCAAAAUAAGGUUCAGCGGGCCCUGGCCGACGGUCCCGACCAGACCCUGCUGGUGAUCGCUCACAAGCUGGAGACCAUCGAGAAGGCGGAUCAGAUCGUAUUGAUCGGUGGUGGCAAAGUGGAGGAGCGUGGGACUCACCAGGAGCUGAUGGACAUGAAGGGGAGCUACUACAAGCUGGUGGAGAGGCGCUUUGCCGAGUGAAACUCAGCAUGAUGUGAAAGUUCUGUAUAUCGUGAGAGAACUGAUGACUGUGAUGCACAGUCACACAAGUGUCUGGUAACAAAGUGAAGUUUAUGGAAAUUGUUAUGUAAAAAUAUGAAUUCUCAUUCCUUUUCUGUGUUUAUUUAAAUAAAUACGCCUUCACCUUCUGUUGGUAGAAUACAUCUUAUUUAUUUUUAGACUUUUCCACUCCAUUGCCUUGUAUUUGUUUAAUAUGAAUAAAUGUUUCACAUGACAACA